AUGACUAGAAAGAAGGUGAAACUUGCUUUCAUUGAGAACAAUACCGCAAGGAAAGUAGCAUACAAGAAACGGAAGAAUGGUUUAAUGAAGAAGGUAAAUGAACUAACAACCCUUUGCGGUAUCAAUGCAUCUGCCAUAAUUUAUGACCCCUACGAUCCACAACCGGAGAUCUGGCCAUCGCCUUGUGGAGUACAAAAUGUGCUUUCGAAAUUCAUUACGACUUCGGAGUUUGAACAAAGAAGAAAUAUGGUGAUUCAAGAGAGUUUACUGAAUCAAAUGAUUUUGAAGGCUGAAAAGCAAUUUAAAAAAGAACAAAGAGACAACAAAGAAAAAGAGAAAACCAUGUUCAUGUUUCAGUGUCUCAGUGCUGGGAACAUCGUCCAGAACAAUAUGUCGAUGGGUGAUUUGAAUGAUCUUUGUUGGAUGAUUGAUCAUAAUUUGAGGGCGAUUGGGAGAAGGAUGGAAUCAGUUGAUAAUGAAAAUAUUAUUCACCAAAAUCAAAGUGAGAGUCAUGUCAUGGCUUCUCAAAGCCAAGUCCAACUCCCAAUGGCACCGCCAGUGCCACUACUACCACCACCGCCACCACCACCAACCACACCUGAAAAUAAUGAAAUUGCAAUGAUGAGUAGGUUGGGAUGGAUAUGA